AUGAAGGAGCUUAUUGAGGAAAUAGAGUAUUUCCAAGAGGACAUAAGAAGAGAUCUGGGGCUUGAUCAUUCUCUUUUGACAGACCAGGCGAUAAUUGACUCGAUAGGAAAUUGGGAGUACUUUUCGAAGAUAAGAGACAGAGAGGCAGAAAGAGAAAACCAUCUAAAAAUGUUCAGAAAUUCCAUGGAAAAAGUGGCCCUCAAGAGCUCGGAAGGGGAUAUAUAUGCCCUAGCCGAGAAGUUGAAGAAAGCAUACCACCAGAACGAAAUAAACCAAUAG